AGAUCAAACAAUGUCAUCGCAUUCCCUUCAAUUCAUGUCUCUUAAGAAUGCUGGUAAAGUCUAAAGUACAAUUGAAGUACAAGGCUUAUAACCAUUAUCUAGAUGUUUCUUUCUCUCCCGGUAAAUUUGUCAACGUAAACUAUUCAUCUUUUGAGUGUUGUUAUUGCUUCACUCUUCAAUACCACUCAGCGCGCUUCCCUCAUUCAAGAUCCUUCAGACUUUAUUAGAGAUUCGCGUCACCCUCCCUCUACCGUUCUCACUCCUUCACACCAUUUACAGUCGAUGCCCCGCAACCCCACCUCUGAACAUUUCAACGAACGUCUACAAGCUAUAUCCUCACAAAUUACCCCUCAAUCAGCAUCUCCUUCGCACACAACAAAAAUGGCAGAAAGGGAUCCAAUUACAUGUCAUGCUCUCGACACUACUACUGGUCGACCAGCUUCAGGAAUCAAUGUCUCUUUAAUCUGUCUUUCCGAAGAGUCCACCAUCUUUCGUGCCAUAACAAACGCCGACGGUCGAAUCGCUAAUUGGCUUAAUGAACAAGAGAAUGUUACAUCCAAGAAAGUCGGCGAAUUGAUUGUUGAAGGGGGGAAUAUACAAAAUCAGAAUCUGCCAAUGGGUUCUAGCAUGUGGAAACUUCGAUUUGAGACCGGCGCAUAUUAUGGCUACGAAAACACUUUCUUCCCUUGCGUUGAACUUAACUUCGUAGUUAAGGAGGGAGAACAUUUCCACGUCCCGCUACUUUUGGGACCAUACAGUUAUACAACUUAUCGGGGAAGCUAG